UUCCAGCGCGUCACCGCGUCGCGUCCAAUCGCGAGCUCCGGAGAAACGCGUCUGCUGCGCUGGAGCCCCGCGGUCAGAGUCAGAGUCAGUCCGCCCGCGACGCGCUGCGGUACGGGAGUCAGCCGGAGCCGAGGACGCCGCCGUCACCCGCAGCAGCUCCUGAUGUCUGAAGAUCUCCUGUAGUUGAUGAUCGCAGCGGCCGUCCAGCCCAGAGCCAUGACCCACACAUCCUGCUGUGUUCUGCUGAGCAUCUCGCUCGUGCUCACCUGCUGCUUUUGGUCGGUGUGUGCUGAUGUCCCAGCAGUCUUCGGAGACGAGGCGUCAGGUUACGGGCCGGUGUUCGAGGAGCAGCCCGUCGACACCAUCUACCCCGAAGAGUCUCCAGAGGACAAGAUCAUCAUGAGCUGCAGGACUCGAGCCAACCCAGCGGCCACGUACAGGUGGAGGCUGGACAAAACAGACAUCGUUCUUGGAAAUGAUGAUCAUUACAGUCUGGCGGGAGGAAACCUCGUCAUCAGCUUCCCUGACAAGAGCAAGCAUGCUGGGAACUACUCGUGUCUGGCCAGUAAUGAGUUCGGGACAGUGGUCAGUCAGAAGGCCUCCGUUCAGUUUGGAUACCUGGACAUGUUCUCCACGGACGAGCGGGAGGCGGUCUACGUGAAGGAGGGGCAGGGGGCGGUGCUUCUGUGUGCCCCGCCUCCACACUUCCCAGAGGACCUGUCCUUCCGCUGGAUGCUGAACGAGUUCCCAGAGUUCAUUCCUCUGGACAAGCGGCGCUUCGUGUCUCAGACCACCGGGAACCUCUACAUCUCCACCGUACGAGCGCCGGACAGCGGGAACUACUCCUGCUUCGUCUCCAGUCCGUCCAUCGCCAAGAGCGUCUUCAGCAAGUUCAUCCCGCUGGUGCCCAUCGCCGAGCGUUCUCUGAGGAAAUAUCCCGCUGAUAUCAAAGUCAAGUCUCCAGACACGUACACGCUGGCGGGGCAGAACGUCACGCUGGAGUGCUUCGCGCUGGGAAACCCCAUCCCUCAGAUCCGAUGGAGGAAGGUGGACGGUGAUCUGCCGCUCCAUCGCCACAACAUCGGCAUGUCAGGAAGUCUCCUUCAUCUUUACGACAUCCAGUACGAGGAUGAGGGAUUGUACGAGUGUGAGGCCGACAACUCCAAAGGCAAAGACAGACACAAAGUGCAUCUGUAUGUGGAGGGAGCUCCUGAAUGGGAGGAGAAGAUCAGCAGCUCGGAGAGAGACAUCGGAGGCGAUUACAUCAUGUCCUGUCUGGCCGGCGGGAAACCCAAACCACACGUGCACUUCCUGAAGAACGGGAGAAUGUACGCUAAGAACCACGAGUUGCGUUUUGCAGACCUGACGUUUGAAGAUUCAGGGAUGUAUCAGUGCAUCGCUGAGAACCGUCACGGCACGAUAUACGCCAACGCCGAGCUCAGGGUGUUCGCCGGCGCUCCUUCGUUUGAGUGGAACCCAGUGAAACCCAAACUUCUGGGGGCUAAAAACGGGCACGUGGUGAUUGACUGCAAACCCCGAGCAGCGCCGCGGCCGAGCAUCUCCUGGAGCAAAGGAACCGAGCUCCUGCACAACUCCAGCAGGAUCUUCAUUUGGCAGGACGGGAGUUUAGAGCUUUUGAACGUCACCAAAUCAGACGAAGGCAAAUACACAUGUUUUGCAGAAAACGACCGAGGCCGAGCGAACAGCACCGGAUCUCUGUCAGUCACCGACGCCACAAAGAUCACUCUGGCCCCGUCCAACGCUGACGUCAGUGUGGGUGAGAGCGCUAGGAUGGAGUGUGCCGCGUCACAUGACCCCACCCUCGACCUCACCUUCAUCUGGUCCCUCGAUGCAAAAGUCAUCGACUUCGACCGAGACCGAGAGCAUUACGAGCGCAAAAUGGAUGUGAAUCAGGACGGUCAGGCCGGGACGUCCAGCUCAGAGCUGUUGAUCAGUAACACACAGCUGAGACACGCUGGACGUUACCGCUGUACAGCACAGACCCCGGUGGACAACAUCACGGCCUCGGCGGAGCUGGUGGUCAGAGGUCCCCCGGGUCCUCCGGGAGGUGUGCGUGUGGACGAGGUUCUGACCAGCAGCGUGAGAGUGACCUGGAGUCACGGGACAGAUAACCUGAGUCCCAUCUCCAGAUACAACGUCCAGUACAGAGACGUGAAAGCGCAGCAGGAAUGGAGAGAUGCCUCCACCGCUCCAGUGAAUGUGGAGGGAAAUGCAGAAAUGGCCACCGUGAUCAAUCUGACCCCCUGGACGGAGUACGAGUUCAGGGUCAUUGCCACCAACACGCUGGGCACCGGACCCCCGAGUGACCCCUCGCCCAAAAUCACCACCAAAGAAGCCAGGCCUGUUGUGGCUCCGUCAGACGUCGGUGGAGGAGGAGGAAGCAGUCGUGAGCUCACCAUCACUUGGACGCCGGUCCAGCAGCAGUACUACUACGGCAGUAAUUUUGGCUACAUCAUCGCGUUCAAGCCUCACAACGACCCUGAGUGGAUGAGGGUGACGGUGACCGAUCCUCAGGCCCAAAAGUAUGUGCACAAAGACGCAAAAAUCCUCCCGUCCACCAAGUUUGAGGUGAAGAUGAAGGCCUUCAACAGUCAAGGCGAAGGGCCGUUUAGCAUCAGCGCCUUCAUCUACUCUGCUCAGGACGUUCCUGCAGAAGCUCCCACCAUCAUCGAGACGAGGACACUGUCUGCCACAGAAGCCGUCUUGUCCUGGGUGCCUGUUCAGAUGCAAACGGUUGAAGGAUACCAGGUCCGGUACUGGAGGGAAUCUGUGGAGAACGAGGCGUCUGUGCAGCAUGUUGUGGUUGUCAGUCGAGAAAACUACACGCGUCUGGAAAACAUGAAGCCCAACUCACAUUACCUCAUCGAGGUGCGGGCGUAUAACGGCGCUGGGUACGGACCGGCCAGUCAGCGCCACAAAAUACACACCAAGAAAUCACCUCCUAGUCGGCCUCCCAAAAUCAUCAGCACAAAGAUGAACAACCGCGGCAUCUGCAUCACCUGGGAGCAGGUGGAGCCGCUGGCCAACGAGUCGACGGUGGAGGGAUAUAAGGUCCUGUACAGGCCGGAGGGGCAGCCCAAUGGUAUGCUUUACACCACGAUUAAGCAUUCAAUCGAACUGCCCAUAAAGAAGGGCGAUUACCUGGUGGAGGUGCGCGCUCACAGCGAGGGAGGAGACGGAGCCGUCGCACAAGUGCGCGUCGCAGGUGCAGCUGUCCUGCUGUCUCCGUCUCUCGGCUUCUUCUCUCUUCUCCUCACGGUUCUGUUGAGUUUGAUUCUCUGAAUGUAGUUUCAUCCUGAUUCAACGAAGCUGAACUCUCACAGGAUGAAACCCCCAAUAUUCAGAGUCCACGCGGCUCUGGAGAACAAAAGACUGGAGAUUCAGGACAGAGCGUGUGUUUAAUGUCUGAACGGAUCAAUAUGCCUUACAACAUCUCACACUCUGAUCUCUUACUGAGCACCGAUUGGUCCAGACGGAGCGGGAACAGGAAGCGCUGCUGUGAGACUUCCUGUGUGUUUUGGUGACAGAUCAGCGUCUCACGUUUGUCUUUAUGUCAUUGUCAGAUCAGUGGCUUUCUCUUAUUUCUGUGGACAGAUACAGUCAAAGCAAACCAACAAUUCACAUUCAGCUCCAUUCAGCGUUCAUUCACUUUUAGAGGAUUAUUAUAUAUGCAAUAAUUUAUAAGAUCUCCGUCUAUUCAACACUUUAUCUGUUUUUAUAUUAGCAUAUCUGUGAUAGAUUUUAUUUUAUUAUUAUUUUUUUAUUAGAGUAUCAUUUUAAUAUCUGUAUCGUGUUCAUGUCAGCGACUGAAUGAAGCGGAUGUUUGAGUUUGUGUUCAUUUGCAAGAUUCAUUCUCAGAAAUGUUAUGAAAUAUGAUGAGAUGAUGCAUUUGUGUUUUAGAGUGAACACCAGUGCUGGGUUAUAACUGAUUACAUGCAAUCAGAUUCCAAACACUUAGUACAUUUUAAAAUGCUUGUAAUCAGAUUACACUUACUUUUUUAUGUAUUGCAUUAUUACGAAUUAUUCAUAUUCGGUUAUUUAUAAUUUAGUUAUUCUCAUAUGUAUUACUAAACACUGCCGAUAUAUAACUGACAGUUAUUUCAAACCUGGUAGACUUUGUCCAUGUCGAUGCUUUUUCAUGUUUAUUAGUGUUUAUCCCAUCAGAAUAUUUACUUGAAGCCCCAAUGUCGGUUAAUGACGUGUAUUCUAAAAGUAACUUAAACGUAGUCUGAAGAAGUAAUCUAGGUUACAGUUUGUAAUCAGGACCAGACUAGAGUUGGUAAGCCAGCACUGGUGAACACAGAUUCAAUAAGAUGCAUCAGAUUCAGUUAGAUGGUGAAGGUUCGACAAACAUCCGUUACGUUCGUUAAUAACCACAUAACAAUAGCUCUGAUUCUUGAGCACAGCGCGCUUUUGUUUUGACUGUAUCAUUCAGAUCGGUGUCAAAUGCAGGUGAUUUGUGACGAAUGUCAUUUAACGUUUUAUUUUCAUAAUAAUAUUUGUUACAGUUGCUAACUUUAAACGAUGAUCGAACAUUUCUGUCUGUUUAUAUUCAUCUAUUGGUGCAAAAAUCAUUUGUGAGAGUUUCAUACUGGAGUGUUUGCUCAGAUAUAUAUGAUUUAUAUUCUGUCAACUCAUGCAUCUGUAUUUCACGUGCUCCUUUAUAGACAGAUAAUGUGGUCUGCCAUCCAUCCGACGAUCUGUAGAAGUUAUUGAUCGGGAUUUGAAGGAUCAGAUUGUUUGUAAUGAAGCGAAGCAGUGAAUUGAUGUGUCAAGCUGAAGUUUUUCCUCAUUUUAACCACCACUAAGUGCUUUUGCUCCUGAUGUUUGUCUGCGUGAGAGAGUUUUGCCAAAUGCAUGGAUGCCUUGAGCUUUAGCGGCCUGCAGUUAUUCAGAGGCCAGAUGCAUGAUGGGAUUGAAUGGACUAAUCGUCAUACUCGCUGGUUCGGUUCAACAACAGGUCAGACUCUUUAACUAGACUAACCUGUCAGUUAUUACCUGCUUCAUUCAACUCAGUCUUCAAUUAAACUUUAUAGAGACCAAACAAA